AUUAUAAAAGCUAAACGAGAGAUAGGUUUAUUGCAUUCUCAGAUCUGUACUUGUUCUUCUUUAACCCAGAAAGAAAGUCAAAGCAAUGGCUCCAAAAGCAGCAGAGAAGAAGCCCGUAGAGGAGAAAGCUCCGGCGGAGAAGAAACCGAAGGCCGGGAAGAAGCUGCCCAAGGAAGCAGGUGCAGGCGUUGACAUGAAGAAGAAGAAGAAAUCGAAGAAGAGCGUGGAGACGUAUAAGAUUUACAUCUUCAAGGUUCUGAAGCAGGUUCAUCCAGAUGUCGGAAUCUCUAGUAAAGCCAUGGGGAUCAUGAACAGUUUCAUCAAUGAUAUCUUCGAGAAGCUCGCUCAGGAAUCGUCUAAACUCGCGAGGUACAACAAGAAGCCGACAAUCACCUCGAGGGAGAUUCAGACUGCUGUUAGGCUCGUUCUUCCAGGAGAGCUCGCCAAACACGCCGUCUCCGAAGGCACCAAGGCCGUCACUAAAUUCACCAGCUCUUGAACAUCCAAUCUAAAUUAAGUUUCAGUUUCAUUUCAAUCUCAGUUGUAAUUAGUUCUAUGAAUCUGUUUGGAAUCUAAAAUGUUUGCGUUUUCGCACAAUGCAUGAAAUUCGUA